AUGAAAAGAGAAGCCAUGCGGAAACUUUUCGAGACUGUUACCGCGCUGCAUCACAUUCGUUUCACAGCUCUCAAACAUCUCGCCCAGAAUGUGCCAGAAAUGUUGCCAGACUCUCCAGGAAGUCCGAGGAAUCUGGUCGCUUCCCAUGCCACUGCCGAUUCAGUGCUUCUCAGAUGGUGUGCACCAUUGUAUGUCGACGAAGGAAAGCGCUACUGGUACACGCUGACGUACAAGCCAAGAACCCCACAGCGGAGAAAUCAAGUGGUGCGCGUGGAUUUCAUUAACGAAGAGAAGUACUUGGUCACCGGCUUAAAGUCGUUCACUCUUUACGAAUUCAGCCUGACUACAACGACACGGUAUGGUUCCAGCAAAUCCGCGAAGGCCCAAGAGUAUACAGAGCCAUGUACAGUGCCCCAAUCGCUCCGCCUCGAAGCCAUCAGUUGCGAGACAGCAACCGUUUCAUGGCGUCCACCAAAAGUCAACAAUGGAGCUGAGGUUUUUUUCGUCUUUAAAUGCAUUGUCUCCGAACUUUUUUUUACCGUGAGCUCGCAGAAAUCUUUGAACGACGAAUACAAACUGUAUAUACUCUGUGUAUCUGCUGAGCAUAACUAUGGCCUAGCUGCAAUGUCAAAAUCGAUUCGAUUCCGCACGAAGCGCUGGUGGGCCGACGACGACAGCACA